UUCAUGCUGUCAAUCAUUAGCGCGAGCCUAUCAUCGCGCAAGAUUGGGUAGAAGCCCGCCUCCUCCGGAGCCUGAGGGAGAAGCUUGGAAUGGGUCGUCUCCGGCCUCCUGACGUCAUAUUCUCAUCUGCAUACCGGUCCCCGCCCCUUCGGAAUGCUGGCGACGUCAGCCGGGCUCUGCAAUUGCCGGGGCCGCGCGCGGUGCUGCUGCAUUUGGCGCAAGAGAAGCCUGGGGAGCGCGAUCUGGAGAUGGCUUCCGCUACCGACUCCCGCUAUGGCCAGAAGGAAUCCUCGGAUCAGAACUUCGACUACAUGUUCAAGAUCCUGAUCAUCGGGAACAGCAGCGUGGGGAAGACCUCGUUCCUCUUCCGGUACGCUGAUGACUCCUUCACUCCCGCCUUCGUCAGCACCGUGGGCAUCGACUUCAAAGUCAAAACCAUCUACAGGAACGACAAGCGCAUCAAGCUGCAGAUCUGGGACACCGCGGGCCAGGAGAGGUACCGGACCAUCACCACCGCCUACUACCGGGGGGCCAUGGGCUUCAUCCUGAUGUACGACAUCACCAACGAGGAGUCCUUCAACGCCGUGCAGGACUGGUCAACCCAGAUCAAGACCUAUUCCUGGGAUAACGCACAGGUGCUACUGGUGGGUAACAAGUGCGACAUGGAGGAUGAGCGAGUUGUGGCGGCGGAGAGAGGGCGCCAGCUGGCGGAGCACCUGGGUUUUGAGUUCUUCGAAGCCAGCGCAAAGGACAAUAUCAACGUCAAGCAGACGUUCGAGCGGCUCGUCGACAUUAUCUGCGAGAAGAUGUCAGAGUCCCUAGACACGGCGGACCCAGCAGUGACUGGUGCGAAACAGGGGCCGCAGCUGACUGACCAGCAAGCACCCCCCCACCAGGACUGUGCCUGCUAGAGACUGCAGGACGGCCCCCUCUGCCCGCGUAGGCCACAUCACCCCUCCAAGUAACCAGUGCCCUAGUUACGCUCAGUUAUGCUCCCACUUCAACACCCCAGUCACUAGGUCUGGUGGGAUGGCCCAUAGCGAGGAGUUGUCUGUCCGCUCUCACCUGGCAGGAUUUGAAAGGGCUCUGGCCACCCUCUCAGAGUCUGCAGGUUCCAUGGGGUGUCACCCCACCCUCCCCGUGCCCUCCAGUUUUCCAACCUGGGAUGGUAGGAGAAACUUUUUUGUUGUUUGCUUUUAACUAUUUCCUGAUUGUGCCCCCUUGUUUAUAGAUAAUUGUCUGUCUUGCUGGAAGGGGGGGGAGGGGUUAAUUGCAGAAUCCUGCAUUAACCAGCUGACUCAGCUUGGCCAAUGUGUUCACUAGCUUCCUUCCUUCCUUCCCUCCUUCCCAGCUGGAUCCCUGCUGCUGGGUGGUGGGAGGAGCCCUGCUCGGGGGACAGCAGCUUAAAGGACUAGAGUCCCCUUGGUCCUGAACAAACAGCCCUGCCCCAUGGAACCAGAGACCUGCUCCCUUCGCUGUAGUGCUGCUGAGGGGGUGACGCACUGGGGUUGCAUCAGGGCAGAUGUGGAUUUUAACCUUGACAAUUCAAUCACUUCCUAAAUGGUGCGUCUAGAUCCCAGUAAGGCAUUAGUGCAGGUGGUUUGUUCUUCAUAGAGAUGUGUUCCAGCCCCGUCUUUACACCUCCCCUUAACUUGUUCUCCUUGCUAGCACAGAGGCCUUGGCCGAUAAUGCUGGCUGGCUGAAGAGCCGCUUGACUUUCAUUCCUCUGCUGCUCUGUUCUCCCCCACCAAGGAUGGCUAGUUCCUGACUAUUGUAUAAAUAGAUGCUAAUUUAUGCUCCUGCUGUCUUCCUCCUUGUACAUAAAAACAACCUUCCUGUAAAUAGAAAUAGCGAGUGACCAUGGUGUGACAUGCUGUGCUGUGAUUGUGCAGAUGUAUUUAUUUUAUCAGUGUGGUAUGAACCUGCUUGUGAAUAUCACUUUUAAAUCUAUUAUUUAAAAACAAAGCUGAGUAAGGGCCAAGGCACUCCUGUACCAAACUAGCCCCAGCCCGGUGGUGGAUGACCAAUGGAAACCUCGCGCUAGAGGAAAAACUUCGAUGGUUUGCCUCAAGUAAAGGAACAAGCCACCGAACUGCUGCCCCAUUCCAUGCUGGGGGUGGGGUUGACACCCCAUCUGCCCCAGGAUGUUGCACUAGCAGCUGAAGGGUGCUAGUUUGCUACAGGCCUCGCUGUUCCUUGUCUGUUACUAUAGUAAUGUGUUAUUGUAGAGACUGUGAAGCAGUAGAUCGAAUUCUAUCAAUGCCCAAACCUGGUGCGUUGCUUCCCUCUAUUUAUUUUUCUUGGCGAACUCUCUGUAUUUCGCAGGUACACACAUCCAGCCUCCUGUUUUUGUGAUGUUUACUGUAAAAAUGUCAAAAGUGUCAAAGUAAAAUUUCCUAAAGAUCACUGUAUCCAAGAGCUGGUGUGAAGAAAUAAAUUAAUGCUAAUCACAA